UCCUCUUUCUAAAUUGAAAGGUUUGUAAUUUCAUUACACCCUGAUAAUUAUUAUUUGAUUGCAAAUUUGUGUCUUUAUUCUUGUUGUUGCAAGAAGAGGGUUGAGGGUGAUAUGUACUCAUUAAAAGACAAAGUAUCUGACAAGCUUUCUCUUCUCUUUUAUGAUUCUCCUUCAACCCAUCCUCAAUCCCAGGCCACACAAUAUAGCAAGGAGGGAAAAUCUUUGUCUUCUUUCCUUUCUUAUGUUCUUCCAUCAACAAGUUUUAAGGAAUCCCGACUUAACAAUGAAAAUGAUGACAUUAAACCAAUUCAGUCACAACCUAUUCGAUGGAAAAAUAGAAGUUUUUUACAACGAGAUGUUUCUUUGAAAAACAAUGUGAAAUGUAAAUUUAAGUGUGUAAAUGAAGAUUAUCCAACUAUACAAUGUCAACAUACAGAGCAAGGCUCUGUAAUCAGUCAAACAUUUGAUGAAAAAGAAAUCUUUUGUACUCCAAAAGAAAUUGAAGAUGGAAUCUCUAGGAGUACGAGUGGUUGUGAUACUUUUGAGGAUGCAACUGAUCAACAUUGUUUCAGAAAGUUCAUGCCCAAACUCACCGAUGAGUCUCUUUUCCUCUAUGCAGAAUUGUAUGGAUUUCUUCAACUAGCCCUUCCCAAUAUAGUUAAAGGUUGUGAAUGGGUGUUAUUAUAUAGCACGGUGAAACAUGGUAUAUCACUUCGUACACUUAUACGGAAGAGUGGUGACCUUCCAGGUCCUUGUUUGUUGAUUACUGGAGAUAUGCAAGGUGCUAUAUUUGGUGGGUUGUUUGAGAGUCCUCUUGCACCUACCGCCAAGCAAAAGUAUCAAGGUACAAAUCAAACCUUUGUAUUCACGACCAUAGAUGGAGGGCCAAGGUUAUUUAGGCCUAAAGGUGCCAACCGAUAUUUCUAUUUGUGCUUAAAUGACUUGUUGGCAUUUGGAGGAGGCGGAAAUUUUGCUUUACGCCUUGAUGGUGAUUUGUUGUCUGGGACCAGUGGACCCUGUGACACAUUUGAGAACCAAUGUUUGGCUCAUAAUCAAGAAUUUGAAUUGAAAAAUGUUGAGCUUUGGGGUUUUACACACUCGUCUCAAUACACAAAUUAA